UUUUAUUUUCGUUUGAUAUCUUACUGCAACUAAGGUUAGAUUCAUUUCUGGUCAACAGUCAAGAGGUUGCUUGAUCAACAUCACUGAAAAUGACAGAUUUUGAAAGUAAACCUGUUCGUCUCUUCUUGUGGGUCAUCCCAAGAACAAUCUCGACGGCUUUGUGUAAAUGUCUGAGCGCCAUCGACGGUAUGGAAGUUUGGUUCGAGUGUUUUAUCCCCUGCAAUGUUGCUAGAAAGGAGUAUCUGCUUGCCACUGGGGAAGAGUUGCCGAUGGAUUAUGAAGGAAAUGAAGAAAUGGCUCAGGAAGCAGCAACUAUAUUAGAGCGUCUAGCGGGCAGCAAAGUUGAUCCAGAGAGGAUAAUGUACGGUCACGUGAAAGGGAAAAUGGAAUCCUCAACUAGCAAGUACAUCUUAGCCAAAGAAGGUAGCUUCAUCUUUCCUGAUGAUAAAUCCCGCCAAUACUUACCAGAGGGGUUCAAGCAUGUCUUUCUCAUCCGGGAUCCCUACAAAAUCUUUCGCUCCUAUAGGAAGGCGAUGGUUAGCCAGACGAUGAAAUUCGGUUUGUGGACAGCGGAUCCGGAGAGCUUUGACCUCGAGAAGGACGACCCCUAUUUAAAACCUCCAGAGUUUUUCAGCAGCGCGUUUGAAACCUGGAAGUACAUCCGAGACAACGUGGAUCCCAACCCAAUCAUCCUCAACACCGAUGAUCUGUUGGCCGACCCCGCUGGGGUGCUGAAGAAGUUCUGUCACCUGACCGGUCUUCCGUACAGCGAUUCACUUCUCCAAUGGGAUGCCUCUGCGGAUGUCACCAAGACCUGGAAAGUGACGGUCGACAAAUCAUUGGAGGACUUUGGAGCAUUUUAUGACACUGCGAAAUAUUCAGCUGGGUUUACGCCACCUAAACCAGCCACACCCGUGGACAGCUUGGAGUCUGAUGUCAAGAAGCUUGCGAAAGCUUCAAUGCCAUACUUCAAGGAAAUGAACAAGUAUAAAAUAUAAUAUAUUCACUCGCGUAAAUCAAAGCGGUGAAGUAAUUGUUCAGGAUGUGGUGGUGGUCUAUUUGUUUCACCCGCACUUGAAAAGUAUAUAUGACGUCAUGGAUUUACGCCAAUGAAAUGAAAGCUACCCAUCAAUUUUGUUUUUCGAUUCAUUUUCUUUGUUAUUAACCAUGUAUACCAUUUCUUUUCUUCAGAUGUAAUUUACCGACAUGUAUACACGUGCUACUACUUUAUUGCAAAAAAAUAAUGUGCAGGAGAAUUUUAUAGGGAAAUGACUUUAAGAAAUUAAUUUGUAUAUUAUUACUUGUUGUUGUCGAUGAAAGACUGGAGCAGUUGAGUGGCGCAUGCUUGUUGUAGCAUAAUGAGUUGUACCUUAAAGUUAUUUGUAAUAAUUUGAUCGUUUUGUGAUUCUUUGCCAAGUUUGGGAUAAGUACGUCAGUUCGCUGAGAGCUGGAUGGCGUGCGGUUGUAAGAUGUAAGCUCUGAAUAAAUCAAGUUGAUUUGUA